CCUCUUGGCUUUGGAGAGAAAUGGUGAUCGAUGUUCAUGUUUGAAAAGGUGUUUCCCUUUUCCCUUAAUUCACAGUGAAAAGAUAUGAAUUCUCUAAAAUCUUUGAGGUACAGUAGCAUCAGAGAAGCUUUGACUCAUCAAAACCCAAUAAAGUCUUCAUCUUUAUCUCCCUUUUAUUGCUACAAUCAGAGAAGAUGGUUAAAGCCUGUAGAUUCAGCGCAAACUAGGUUAGAGAACCGAACGAGAGAUCAUAGGUUAGACAAACUCAUUGCUCAGAUUAGGAAACUAAACAUCGUUCUCGAGAUUUCUAAGCUCAUGUCUCGCAAAAAGCGUGGUCCUUUCGUGUCUUUGCAGCUAAUGUCUCGUUGGAAGAAUCUGGUUGGUUUGAAUGUAAAUGUUGGAGCUUUUGUUGGUAAGUAUCCUCACGCUUUUGAGAUCUUUACACAUCCUUUUAGGAAGAAUCUGUGUUGUAAAGUAACUGAGAAGUUGAAGGUAUUGAUUGAUGAGGAAGAGAGUGUGAUUAGAGAGUGUGAGGUUGAUGCUGUGAAGAGGAUUAAGAAGUUGUUGUUGAUGUCUAGAGAAGGUGUUCUUCGUGUACACGCUUUGAGGUUGAUUAGAAAGGAAUUAGGAUUGCCUGAGGAUUUUCGUGAUUCGAUUUUGGCUCAGUAUACUUCAGAUUUCAGGUUAGUUGAUUUGGAGACUUUGGAGUUAGUUGAUGGAGAUUGUGAUGAUGAGAAGAGUUUGUGUGUGGCAAAAGUUGAGGAGUGGAGAGAAGUUGAAUACAGAGAGAAAUGGUUGAGUGAGUUUGAGACUAAUUACGCGUUUCCCAUCAAUCUUCCAACAGGGUUCAAGAUUGAGAAAGGAUUCAGAGAAGAGUUAAAGAAUUGGCAAAGGAUACCUUAUGUGAAGCCUUACGAGAGAAAGGAGAUUUCUCGGGGGUUAGAGAGAUUCGAGAAGCGGGUUGUUGCAGUUAUCCAUGAGCUUCUGAGCUUAACGGUAGAGAAAAAGGUUGAAGUCGAAAGAUUAGCUCAUUUCCGGAAGGAUCUUGGAAUUGAAGUAAACGUGAGGGAAGUAAUCUUGAAGCAUCCCGGGGUUUUCUAUGUGUCCACGAAAGGAAGUACGCAGACUUUGUGUCUAAGAGAAGCUUAUAGCAAAGGCUAUUUGAUCGAGCCAAAUCCUAUAUACAAUGUGCGGAGGAAAAUGCUGGAUCUUGUGUUGUUGAAGACGCGUCAUUCGAGGAAGCUGUUACAAACGGAAGAUGAAGCUCGUGAAGAAGUAAAGAGAGAUGUUAUGGUUGGCUCUCAUGAAGAUUGGGAAGGAGAGAGAGAUGGGGAUUGGGUGUUACCAAUUCUAGAGAAAUGAAGUUAGUGUAGAAGAAUGAUGUUGUUUUGUGAAUUAGAUAAUUAAAGGAAUGUGUAGGAAUGGGAUGUUUUGAUGAUUCCUUUAGGUUUUUGAGUGACACGAAAGUGAAGGCUCAUCCGCCUAAACAGGCCGGUUUACAUAAUGCUGAGUACAAUGUGUGGUCGUUCGUGGUGGGAAAUGCGUGGAAGCAGCUAAUGACUUGGUUGAGAUGACAGAGAUGGGUUUGGUUUCAAUAUCACGGUGCUUUGAUAUGGUGACUGAUGGUUGAAGAAAUAGCGGGAAGCAUGAUUUUGCUAUGCGAAUAGAGCAGUUGGUAGUUCAACUUAGAGGAGUCAUGAUAGUGCUAAACUUCGAGAGGCUUUUGAGGUCUCUCCUAAGCUCUGACACUUGGGAUUCUGUACAAAUUCAGCUUCCAUUGAUCUACCCUGGUUCGGUUUGGUUUGGUAAUGAUAGCCAGAACUAGUUACUUCUUUGUAGUCAGAAGCUUGUCUAACUGAUGGUUAGAUUAUACUUGGGUUUGGGGGUUAAGGGUUUAGUUGGUCUCGAGACUAGUUUCUAGCCCUGGGCAUUCGGUUUUUCGGAUCGGAUCGGUUAAGUUUUGUUGGAUUUCGGAUUAUUCGGUUUGGGAGAUAAAGAAUCCGAUUAGAAUCCGACAGCUUUUCCGGAUCGGAUCGGUUCGGAUCCAUUCGGUUUCGGAUCGGUUUCCUUCUUUUUUUUUAAAAUCCGA